UCUCCCUGCGUGAUGGCAUGCUCAAGGACCUGCUCCCGCAUCCUGGGGCUGAGCCUCGGGACGACAGCCCUGUUCGCUGCGGGGGCCAACACGGUGCUGCUCUUUCCUAACUGGGAUGCGACCUACCUGUUGAGGGGCCUCAUUGGCAAGCAUGCCAUGCUGGGCUCUGGGCUCUGGGGAGGAGGCCUCAUGGUACUCACUGCAGCCGCCCUCAUCUCCUUGAUGGGCUGGAGACGUGGCUGCUUCAGUAAGAGUGGGCCCUGCCGAAGCAUGCUCGCUGCUCUGUUAUCAAGUGGCCUGGCUUUGCUUGGAGCCUUGAUUUGCUUUAUCACUUCUGGAGUAGCCCUGAAAGAUGGCCCGUUUUGCAUGUUCGAUGUCUCAUCCUUCAACCAGACGCAAGCUUGGAAAUAUGGUUACCCAUUCAAAGACCUACACAACAGGAAUUAUUUAUACGACCAUUCCCUCUGGAACUCUGUCUGCCUGGAGCCUUACAAAGCUGUCAUUUGGCACGUGUCCUUCUUCUCCGCUCUUCUGUGCAUCAGCCUCCUCCAGAUCCUCCUGGUGGUCAUUCAUUUCCUCAACGCCUUCCUGGGCCUCUUCUGCAGCCUCUGUGAGAAGCCAUAG